AUGGUCGGCGCAGUAAUCCAGGAUGACUUAAGAGCUAUCAUUCUGAGAUCCAGGCUUCAUCAGGUGAUGCUCAUCGCAGACAUUAAACAAAUGUAUCGGCAGAUUUUGGUUGAUGACAGAGACACUCCACUCCAGCGAAUUUUUUGGCGAAAUUCUCCAGAACAUCCUAUGCAGACAUUCGAGCUCAAAACGGUAACCUACGGCACGGCCAGCGCACCAUUUUUGGCCACCAGGGUCCUCCAGCAGCUAGCAGACGACGAAGAAUCGAACUUUCCCGAAGCAGCUAAGAUCCUCAAGAGAGAUGUCUAUGUCGACGACCUGUUCACCGGUGGAAGCUCUCCAACGACGGUAGCGGAACUGCGAACUCAGCUUGACAAGUUAUGCAGAACAGGUGGAUUUGAAUUCCGGAAGUUUGCCUCCAAUGUUGAAUCUGUUCUUGACGGCGUUUCCCCUGAAAGACGUGCUAUCCAAUCCUCGGUCGAACUUGCAGCAGACCAGUGCAUCAAAACCCUGGGCCUACACUGGGAACCAGCAGCCGACAACUUGCGGUUUCACAUUCAACUACCAAAGCAACCUCCAGACACCCUCAUGACAAAACGAAUUGCUCUUUCGCAAAUUGCCCAGCUUUUUGAUCCCCUAGGAUUGGUUGGACCAGUCAUCGUAACCGCCAAGAUAUUCAUGCAGACACUGUGGGGCCUUACAUCUGACGAAGACAAACCUUGGGGCUGGGAUCAACCGCUGCCAGAUUCUCUCUCCAAUUAUUGGAUAAAAUAUUACUCUCAGUUGCCCCUGCUUGAGCAACUGAGAAUCCCUCGAUGUGUUGUGUUGGCUGAACCAAGUUCCAUUGAAUUGCACCUUUUUUCGGACGCAUCGGAGCAAGCUUAUGGCGCCUGUGCGUAUCUGCGAUCGACCGACGCGUCUGGUAAUGUUUUGGUAUCCUUAUUGACGGCAAAAUCGAAGGUUUCACCCUUGAAAAAGCGCAGCAUUCCUCGGCUCGAACUCUGUGGAGCACUAGAAGCUGCUCAACUUUACCAAAAGAUCUGCUCCGCCUUUGAAUCGAAAUUCACAACAUUUUUCUGGGUCGACUCAACUACAGUUCUAGCCUGGCUGAAAGCCAGCCCAUCAGUGUGGACUACAUUCGUCGCUAACCGAGUGUCCAAAAUCCAGCUGGCAACGGUGGGCCCUUCUUGGAACCAUGUGGCAGGGCAGCAGAACCCUGCAGACCACAUCUCAAGAGGCAUCGACGCUGAAACUAUUCUCGCGUGUGACCUUUGGUGGAAAGGUCCACAGUGGUUGCAAACCGAACAAUCCUACUGGCCUGUCAAACAGCAAAAUCAAUCGUUCGAAACGCAGUUGGAAUCUCGAUCAACCCCGAUUCAACUUUUGACAUCAACAGCUGAUCCUUCAUUCAUUGAUCUGUUCGUCGAACGAUUCUCAUCGUUCCAACACAUGCUACGGGUAACGGCAUUCUGUUUCCGGUAUAUUUCAAACUGUCGGACCAAAAGGACGAAGCAGCAGAAGUUGUUUGGCACUCUUUCAAAGACGGAAAUUCAAAAUGCAGAAUCAGCGCUCAUUCGUCUUGUUCAACUUCAGGAAUUCCCCAACGAAACAAGUGCUCUACGUGACUCAAAGUCCAUUCCCGUUAAAUCCCGACUCCGGUGGUUUACUCCUUUCCUAGAUCAAGAUGGAGUCAUGCGUGUGGGUGGCAGACUAGAUCGAGCAUCCUUGACAUACGACAGUAGGCACCAAAUCCUCCUCCCGUAUCACCAUCGUUUUUCUGCUUUACUUGUCCAAUGCUAUCAUCAACGAAAUCUUCAUGCGUCACCACAAUUACUCAUCGGACUACUUCGCCUUCGCUAUUGGAUAAUAGGGGCCAGAAAUCUGGCCAAAGUAGUCGUACAUCGCUGCACCAUUUGCUUCCGAGCUCGGCCAAAAUUGGUUGAGCAAUUUAUGGCUGAGCUGCCCAAGGAACGAAUCACAGCCACUCGUCCCUUCACGGUGACGGGGGUUGACUAUUGGGGCCCAAUUAUGCUGAAACAUCCGCAUCCCAAGUUUAUACAAGCAUUGCGACGCUUUGUAUCUCGCCGAGGCCCACCGUCGGACAUCUACUCCGAUAACGGACGGAACUUUCUCGGGGCUAAAAACGAGCUCAAACGACUCAUCCGCCAGACUGAACAUGCGCAGAAGGUUGAACAGGAGUGCGCUGAUUGCCACAUUAGAUGGCACUUCAAUCCGCCCAGAGCAUCCCACUUUGGCGGGCUGUGGGAAUCGGCCAUCAAUUCCGCCCAGAAACACUUUGUCCGCGUCGUACGUGACCAUUCAUUGCUCUUCGAUGACAUGCAGACACUCUUGAAUCAAAUCGAAUGCUGCCUUAACUCCCGGCCUCUUGUUCCCGUAAGCGAUGAUCCGACUGACUUCGAGCCACUCACGCCCGGACAUUUCCUCGAUCUGUGGCGAAGAUGGCACCUGGAAUAUUUAACGAAAUUACAACCACGAAGCAAAUGGGUGCACUCACCUGUAACUAUUAAAGAAAACCAGCUGGUUCUCUUGAAGGAGGAAAACAUCCCACCAAUGCGUUGGCCGACAGCAAGAGUGAUCCAGACACAUCCUGGCGAAGACGGAAUCAUCCGAGUGGUGACUUUGAGAACGCCGAAGGGCUCCUGUACAAGACCGGUGUCAAAAAUCUGCCUGCUGCCGAUUGCAUCAUCGUCGGAGGAAUCAAAUCACAAAGAGAAUGAAGAACGAAAACAACCCGUAUUUUGGUUCUGUACAGCGUUGCUGUACUGCAGUUCUGAUCCGAAAAACGUUUGGCCCCAGAGGAUCCAAAAGCGGGCAGGCACCGUAGCCAAAAAGGUGCCUAGUGCGUCCCAAGAAGGUCGAAAAGCCGUCCGUCGACAUACGGCUGAAGACACCGGCUGUCCGUCAACAUACGGCCAAGGACCAACCGCCUGGGUCGACGCAAGUCAAGAGCGUCUGACUGGCCCUUCUGAGGGAAUCCGAGGCCGAGAAAGAAGCCCUGACAGCACGCCAGGUUAUUGGUAUCCCGGCGAAACUCCAAGAUCCAGACACGUGGUACCACGGCAGCGAGUUCCAGCAGGUGUCCGGCAGCAUCGACGGGUCCAGAAGCAGCAAGCACAUCUAAAUACGGGUUAUAACUGGGUGGAAGAAAGCGAAGGUCGAACAGAUCCCGAGAGUCCUCCUUCCGGCCGUCGUUAUAAAACUUAUAAUGCUAACCGUAGCGUUCCUCGAGACCGCAUCGAGACUAACCCUCUUGGAAUCCAACUUCUCGGCAUUGAACUCCAUUUGUACUUCUGGCUAACCUGGAGCAUCUCGUGGCCUUUGUGCUGGCGAUCCUCUGCCGCACAGCCAAAGCGCGAGAGUAACCCUCUCUCCUUUAGCACCGCCCAAUUAAACCGGGGUGUCGCUCCAGUUGGACCUGUCCACUUCUGCGCACCCCGGUUGCGGAUCCUGAGACUCCUCCCGGCCGCCGGACGUGAUUUCACGCUUGCUAACCGCACCGUGACUCACGACGGCAUCAGAAGUAACCAGCUCGGUCCUCGAACCUCCCCGGAAUCGACCUCUGGCGGACAUUUCACUGGCUGGUCUCUACGCUGGUGGUCCUCCAUCAGCUGGCUGGUCCUCUGCGGUGGUCCUCUAACUGCUCGCUGGCCCCACGAUCCGGGCUGGUCCUUCUGCGCUGGCUGUUGGAGCACUUGCUAA